GUCCGAUGAACGAGUUUCCGGGUCGGUGUGUGGCCCCCAGUGACCUGUAGUGGGGCAGGAGCUGGGCUCGUUGCCGGUGGUGGUGAAAAAGUGAAUCCUGAUGUCUUCCACACCUACUUCACAAUCGUCCCCUAAACGAACUGUGGCAUCAGUAGUUCCUUUUGCAGAUCUGUGUUCAAUUUUAGAACGAAUACAGAAAUGUAAAUCCCGGCCAGAGAAAACCAAGUAUUUUAAGGAAUUUUUAGAUUCAUGGAGGAAAUUUCAUGAUGCUCUUCAUAAAAAAGAGAAAGAUGUCACAGACUCUUUUUAUCCAGCAAUGCGACUUAUUCUUCCACAACUGGAAAGAGAGAGAAUGGCUUAUGGAAUUAAAGAAACCAUGCUUGCUAAGCUCUAUAUUGAACUGCUCAAUUUACCCAAAGAAGGAAAAGAUGCCCUAAAACUUUUAAAUUAUAGAACACCUACUGGCUCACAUGGAGAUGCUGGAGACUUUGCAAUGAUUGCCUAUUUUGUAUUGAAACCGAGGUGCCCAAAACAAGGCAGACUGACCAUACAACAGGUGAAUGAGCUGCUGGAUUCAGUUGCUAGUAAUAAUGCUGCCAAAAGGAAGGACCUAGUAAAGAAAAGUCUUCUUCAGUUAAUAACUCAGAGCUCAGCACUUGAACAGAAGUGGCUGAUCCGGAUGAUUAUAAAGGAUCUAAAACUUGGUGUUAGUCAGCAAACCAUAUUUUCCCUUUUCCAUCCUGAUGCUUCUGAGUUACACAAUGUCACAACUGACCUGGAGAAAGUUUGCAGACAACUGCAUGACCCUUCUGUAUCACUCAGUGAUGUUUCCAUCAUGUUGUUUUCUGCCUUUAAACCUAUGCUUGCUGCCAUUGCUAAUGUCCAGCAAAUUGAGAAACAAAUGAACCACCAAAGUUUUUACAUAGAAACUAAACUAGAUGGUGAACGUAUGCAGAUGCACAAAGAUGGAGAUGUAUACAAGUAUUUCUCCCGUAAUGGGUUUGAUUAUACUCAGCAGUUUGGUGCUUCUCCCCUCGAAGGUUCAUUAACUCCAUUUAUUCAUAAUGUGUUUAAAAAUAGUAUACAAAACUGCAUUCUUGAUGGUGAAAUGAUGGCCUACAAUCCCAAUACACAAACUUUUAUGCAGAAGGGAAGCAAAUUUGACAUAAAAAGAAUGGUAGAUGAUUCUGAUCUGCAGACAUGCUUUUGUGUGUUUGAUGUUUUAAUGGUUAAUGAUCAGAAGUUGGGUCAUGAGAUACUAAGCAAAAGAUAUGAGAUUCUAAAUGAGCUGUUUACACCAAUAACAGGCAGAAUACACAUAGUGAAUAAAACACAGGCUAGCACCAGGAAAGAAGUAGUUGAUGCUCUAAAUGAAGCAAUAGAUAACAGAGAAGAAGGAAUCAUGAUAAAAGAUCCUAUGUCCAUUUACAAGCCAGACAAACGUGGGGAAGGCUGGUUAAAAAUCAAACCAGAGUAUGUCAAUGGGCUCAUGGAUGAACUAGACCUAUUAAUUAUUGGUGGUUACUGGGGAAAAGGUUUGCGUGGUGGCAUGAUGUCUCAUUUUUUGUGUGCUGUUGCUGAGACUUCCCCUCCUGGUGAAAAACCAUCUGUCUUUCAUUCUAUUUGUCGUGUUGGUUCUGGUUACACUAUGAAGGAGCUAUAUGAUCUUGGUUUGAAAUUGGCCAAACACUGGAAGCCUUACCGUAAAAGAGAUCCUCCUUGUAAUAUUUUAUGUGGAACUGAGAAGCCUGAAGUCUACAUCGAGCCUUGUAACUCAGUCAUAGUUCAGAUUAAGGCAGCGGAGAUUGUUACUAGUGAUAUGUACAAAACUGAUUGCACUUUGCGAUUCCCUCGAAUUGAGAAAAUAAGAGAGGACAAAGAGUGGCAUGAAUGUAUGACUUUGGAUUUCUUAGAACAGCUCAGAGGUAAAGCAUCAGGGAAGCUAGCAUCUAAGCACCUUGAUAUGGGUGAUGAUGAACCACAAGAAAAGAAACGGAAAACUGUACCAAAGGUUAAGAAAAUAAUUGGAAUCAUGGAUAAUUUUAAAGCCCCUGAUCUUUCCAAUGUAAAUAAGAUUUCUAAUAUAUUUGAAGACGUUGAGUUUUGUGUUAUGACUGGAACAGAAAACCAUUCAAAAUCUGAACUGGAAAGUAAAGUAGCAGAAAGUGGUGGUAAUGUGGUACAAAACCCUGGACCAGACACUUACUGUGUUAUUGCAGGAAUUGAGAAUGUCAGAGUAAAGAAUAUUAUAUCUUCCAACAAGCAUGAUGUUGUGAGAGCAGAGUGGCUUUUACAGUGUUUUGAAAUGAAAAUAUUUGUACCAUGGCAGCCUGCCUUCAUGAUUCACAUGUCUCCAGAUACAAAACAACAUUUUGCAUGUGAAUACGAUUGUUAUGGUGACAGCUACACAGCAGAUACAGAUGUGACCCAACUAAAGGAAGUAUUCUCAAGAAUUAAUAAUAAAAAUGAUAAGAAGAUGCCUCUGGACAUGAUUGCUGACUUAGAAGAACGUUAUUUGUGGAAUAGCUCUCCACUCUGUAUGUUCAGGCAAAAUACCAUUUAUCUUGACCUUUAUGCUGUUGUUAAUGACCCCAGUACCAAGACCCAUGGAACAAUGCUAUCAAUUAGAGCUUUGGAGCUCCGUUUUCAUGGAGCAAAAAUAGUCUCACAGCUAAAGGAGGGUGUGUCCCAUGUAAUUAUGGGAGAAGAUCAUACCCAUGUGAAAGAGAUAAAAGCACUUAGGAGAACAUUUGAGAAAAAAUUUAAAAUCCUAUCUGAGCUGUGGGUAACAGAUUCAAUAAAGGAGGGGAAGUUACAGAAUGAAAAUCCAUACCUAAUUUAA